AUGUCUUUAUUAUUUGUUUUAAUAAUUAUUAUUUUUCGGAUUCCAUCAACAACGGAUGCAACUGUAUUAUUUUUUCAUAAAAAACUUGAAAAAAGUGGUCGUUUUCAUUCACCUCAACAACAAGGUAGUGCAGCACCAUUACCUGGAACUGUUUGGACACAUUUUCAAUGUGAUCCAAAAAUAAGUCCAUUUAUUGGUGUUGGUUUUGGUUGUUAUUGUCCUGGAGCAUGGUGUUCAAAUAAUGCUGCUUGUUGUUCACAAAUGUGCUAUAAAAAAACUUGUUAUUGA